AUGUGCAACGAGACCGUAGCAAGCUUAGGCUUUGACUGGCUUCUUCUCUUUCUGCGGCCCAACGUUCAUUCGUCCACUUCUCCUCUGGCCAUUCAUACUCUCCUCCAUCUGGUUCUCAACCCUGGCUAUUCGUUGCCCCGAGCAACUCCGCUCGAUGAUUGGGGCUGUUCUCUGCCGGGAGGUGCAUCGGCUGCUGGGCUCCGAUCUUCCAGCAAUCCUCGUAAAAUAGGCAGUCAUCAGACUCCAAGUGCUUUGGGCCUUGCAGCCUCCAGUAGUGCUGUUGGUGGAACCUCUGGUUGGGUAGUUGGUUCUGCAGGUUCAGGGUCCUCUUUCCGAGGGGGACCUUGUUCUUCCGCACCAACCGAGCCUGGCACCUCUGUUUGGACUCCUUCUACUGGUCAGGCCAGUUUAGAGGCCGCUGGACCCGAGGCAACGGUUGGUCCGUCCCGCGGUACCAGCGUUGGUGGAGGGUCAGGAGCCAUCCGGUCAGUCGGGAGUGGGACAUCAGGACACUCGAAUUCGUCCCUCGGAUCGGCUUCCAGCAGUUGCGCUCCUGGAAUCACUGCCGGGAUGGGCCUUGGAACCGGGACUGGUGUUGGUGUAAACCUCGGGUGUGUUGGUGCCUCAGUCGGGGGUGGCGGCGGCAUUGAUACCAGUGGUGUGGUUGCCUUUCGUAACGGCCGCCCGGCAGGUCGUUGGUUGCAUGGCUGUGAAGUCGUGUUCACCAAGCAACAUGGCCUCUUUUUCGGCGCCUCGUCUGGUGCCGCAAGUCGUUCAGCCUCUCGAAGUCUGGCCAUGCAAGAGCUCAACUUGGCGGCAUGCCAGCAACCUGGCUUCUUGGCACUCCGCGCCUUGCUCACCGCUUCCACUACUUCUCAGCCAAUCGCCUUCCAUGUCAGUACACUUCCUUUGGCCUGCACCAGCACUGACAAAGUUCGGGUCUGCAGCUCUGUAGCUAGCGCCACAAGUGGAAAGCCGGCAUCAGCCUCGGAGCAAAGGACUCGAUCCCAUGUGCCCUCGGAUAGAAAGAUGAUGACAUCUUCAAGUGUAGGAAAUAAUAAUUCAUCUACCGACUGGCCAAAUACCAUAUUUCCGGUUCUGCUGCCUCGGCCGCCUCCCGAGCCGGAGCUCUUCUAUUUGCUCACAGCCUUCUUGUUAGGCCAGCGUGUCACUCAGUUGCCCCCUGAUUUGCAGAUGCCAAAUCUGGGCAAGCUGAUCACCGUGAGUGUGGGUCGUGCUGUUUAUUCCCUUAGGACUCAUAACUGUUGCCUAUUAAACAGCACUGACUGA